AUGGCCGGAAGUAACAUGGUUCUUCUGAGCACCGCAGACUUCAGGGCUUUUGAAAUGGUUGACUCUAUCAAGCAAGAGCUAGAGAACAGCCAUAAUACGUUGAUUGAGCGUCACGAGUACGUCUCCAGGGCCACAUUGGACAACAUCGGGCUCGCUGGCGUGGACCACGACUUCCAGAGUCUCAAAGAGUCUGAGACUACCUAA